UAUUCCUUUAAAUACUCGAAAUUCACAUGAAAAAAAUAAAAUAAAAUAAAAACGCGUGCUUUAACACCCAAUAAAGUCUCUCCCUCUCUCUCUCUUCCCAGGCCAUUCUCAUCAUCAUCACCACCACAGAUCUUCCCAAUUUUACAGCCCAGGUGCUUCAGGUUUUAGGGUUUGGGUAUGAAUAGUGGUUUUGGCCAAUCAACUGGCCCUUCGUGUUCAGGCAAUACUAGCAAUGAAAUGGGUGAUUUUGAAUGUAAUAUAUGCUUUGAAUUAGCUGAAGACCCAAUAGUGACUCUCUGUGGCCACCUGUACUGUUGGCCCUGUCUUUAUAGGUGGCUGCAUAUACACUCACAUUCUCACGAGUGCCCGGUUUGUAAGGCCCUUAUAGAGGAAGAGAAGUUGGUUCCAAUAUAUGGAAGGGGCAAAACAAGUUCAGACCCGAGAUUCAGAUCAAUUCCUGGAGAGGACAUUCCUCAUCGCCCUGCAGGCCAGAGGCCCGAAACAGCUCCUCCUCCUGCUCCAGAUGCAAACUAUUUCCGUCAAGAACAGGAUGGAAUUUUGGGAGGUUUUAUGCCUAGGGGGGCUGCAAGGGUUGGGAAUUUCACCUUGUCUGCUGCUUUUGGUGGUUUGAUUCCGUCUUUAAACCUUCAGGUGCAUGGAUUUAAUUAUGCUAAUGCAUAUGCUCCCCCCACUGGAUUUCCCUAUAUGUUUCCUGGUUCAUUUCAUGGGGGUCAUGCUCAUGGAUUUCAUCAUCAUCACCAUCAUCAUUCAAAUCAAGGACAGCAGAGAGAUUCAUUUAUGAAGAUGUGGUUCUUCUUUGUUGGUGUUGCCACAAUAUUCUACCUUCUUUCGGCAUAGGGAUUUUAUUUUGAAAGGUGGAAAAUAGGCAUAUGGGAAUAAUAGUAAUGCACCUGUAUCUGUUAUUUCAGUAAACAUCUGAUUGUGCUCAGAAUGUGUAUUUUUUUUUUUACUAAGUGCUGUUAGAGCUUAAUUGUUAUAUAUUUCCCUGGGAAAUAAAUAAUAAUUAGCUUGUAAGUUUGUAUGUUUUAUCCACCCCCUCCUUUGUAUUCUUUAUCUGUCGAAGAAUGAUGCAUAAUUGCAAUUAAAUAUUACCCAAAUUUCAUCGGA